AUGUUAUCUCUGCGUUUUAUAGUUAAAAGAAAUGUUCAGCUUGAUUUUGAUUGGAAUAAAUUAUUUGAUUUAUAUCCGGGUUUGGCCUAUCCGAUAGCUGAAACAUACAAUGAUCAAAUAUCAGCAAGACGUAUUUAUAUUAUCACACCCACAUACAAUCGAACAGAACAAAAAGCCGAUCUUACUCGAUUAGCGCAAACAUUCUAUCUCAUUCCAAAUAUUUUAUGGAUAAUUAUUGAAGAUGCAGAAAAGCCAACAUUUCGUUUAAAAAAAUUACUCGAUUCAUUUAGUUUACCAAUAGUUCAUUUAAAUUAUCUCACACCAGGCUAUUUAAGAAUAAAAAUAACUUCAACAAAUAAAUUUAAACCACCUCGUGCUAUGUUUCAACGAAACAUAGCAUUAAAUUGGUUAAGAAAUAAUACAAAAUCAACAGAAGAUGCAAUUGUUUAUUUUGCAGAUGAUGAUAAUACGUACGAUUGGAGAUUAUUUAUUGAAAUGAGACAGAUAAAAAAUGUAGGCAUCUGGCCAGUAGGUAUCUCGGGUCGUUUAGCAUACGAACGACCAAUUUGUUAUUAUGGAAGAGUUCAUUCGUGGUUUCGAUAUGUUGCAAUUCAUCGUGAAUUUCCCAUUGAUAUGGCCGGUUUUGCUAUUCGAUUAGGAUUAAUUCAUCAUUAUAAAUAUUUUCAUUUUAAUGUUAGUAUAACAAGUGUUGGACUAUUGGAAUCACAGAUUUUAUCAACAAUGACAACAAUAAAUGAUUUAGAAUGUUUAGCAGACAAUGCCACAAAAAUUUAUGUUUGGCACACAAAAACCAAUGAAACAUAUUUGGUUUCGAAUGAAAUAUUACAAAGUUUAAAUAUGGUAUAUAAUCUUAACGAUGAACUUUAG